AACCUAUAUUAUAUUUAAACGUUUAAACACUUUCUUUCUAAAUUUUGAACAUUAAUUUUUAUUGUUGUAUAUUAAUUUUAUCAACUGGUUAAUUUCGUUUAUCAAAGACAUUAGCAGCAAUCGUGUAGAUGACCCUUAACUUCGUAACCGCCGCAAAUGCGAGAGAAUUUAGAAUUUUUCGCUCAGUGUUCUUAACUUAACGAAACUCUCUCCAAGGAGAGACCUGUUUUUGAGGAGAAGUGUACAACUAAAAGGUUUUUGUACAAUAUUAAUUUUAAAAUGUUUACUGUUUGGUUUCAUUAAUACAAACACAUUCUGCAUCACAAGCAUAAAACAAUCCGAAACUACGAUAAUACACAAAAUAUUUUAUAAUUAAAAUUCAUUUGGUAAACAACACGGAACAGUAUAGCUCCAGUCGGUUGCUCACCCCUGACUUCAUGUUUUCCUCUCUCUUUUUCCGUUGAAACCAAUUCUCUUCAAUCUAUGCUGCAGAGAAUCGUGCUAUUCGUGAUUCACCCUUUGAGCGGUGCGUAUGUACGUAUGUUGCUGUCAUAACAAGGGUGCGCUACCGUACAACCAGGACGUGUGCUAAUCCAUGCUCCUGAGUCCUUUGAACGGGUUUGCUACAGGAUGAUCGUGGUUUUCUUUUAGCUGAGUUUAAAGUGUUUCUUGUUUGCAACGUUAUGACGGGACGUAAGUGAGAAGUGUAUGUGAGUGUUGGGUGGAGUGGUGUAUAGGUUGCACCACAAAUUGCCUUUUAUUCUGGGAUAUACACUCGCACCUGUUUUGCUGUAUGCGAAGUUAGCGUGGAGUGUCCUUUUCGUGAAAUCUAACCCAUUUCGGAGAAGGGUGUCAAUGUGUAUCGUAGUGUAAGUAUGUCCGAGUGUACGCGACGACGCCCCAAAAGCAGAAAUAAGUGACCAUCCAUGACGCGCGCCGUGAUCUUUUGACCGCUUGGAUAAUUGUAUUAAGAGCAGCAUUCGUGUGCUGUUCUCUUCCGUCCAUCGCCAUUAGGGUAGUUAAUUUUGUGUGCCCCACUGUCUAACAAGCAGUAGUUUCAGUGUAAUCUAAAAAGUGUUUAUUCACCUAAUUUCGCCUAAUCCGAGUGGAGUGAUACAAGCGCAUAGCCACACAAUAUGCAGUGUUUUUGCACGCUCUUCACGUGAAAUAACGCCGUAUCUAUUCGUCCCGAAGUGUGGCAAAGUUUCACAAUUGCUGGGAAAAAGUUGGGUGUUGCCGCUUGUCUCCAUUACGGUCUCGUGGCGAUCGCGUCGUGUGGAAGCGUUUGGCUCUGUGUAUUGGUGUAAGUUCGCGGAACGGUGUACCUUUCGCAGCCUGCACGGGGUGGGCGCGAACGUCGUUAUAGCCACAUCGAGAAACAGGAUACAAUAGGAAUCGCUACACGUAUAAAACACCAUGAAGGCUAAUAAGCAUCCGACCGGCUACGGGUCGGAUGCAAGGACACUCUUUCUCUGUCUACUGUUCGUCCAAACCUUGAUCUUCAUCCGGGCACAACAGUCUCAGCCACAAACGAACGACGUCAAUCGCUACAGUCAAUCGGAUCCGUUUGUCCGACCGCAGUACAAUCCACAGUAUCCAAACACUCAAUACGAUCCGAAUUCCCGUACAAACCAGGGUCUACCAUCGCCGUCUUCCGGUACAAACUAUCAGCGCGACUACUACGGUAACAACAACGCAAACAGUCAAGACUCGAACAGCAUCGAUAAUAAUCGGUUCGGUCAGGAUAACCGAAACGUGAUCUUCCAGUCAACGACACCGCGGGAUUAUUUUAAUCGUCAAACGACACCAUCGUCCCGUACCAGCUUCAAUCGGAAUCCCUUUGCAAACGAUUAUGCGGCAGGAAAUUCUUUCUCGCAAGGUAUUACCUACUUCAUUGUCGCGUCCAAAAUGAUACGACCCGGGCAGGUGUAUAAGGUGGCAGUAUCGGUGCUGGAAUCACGCCUGCCGCUUAAUGUCCGGUGCAGUAUUUCGCGCGAUGGAGUGGAGCUAAGCAGUGAGACGAAACCGAUUACGGUGGGCGUACCGGAGUCGAUGUUGAUGCGAGUCCCACCGACGAGCGUGAUGGGCGAGUACAAGCUGCGUGUGGAGGGUUCGUACGACAGGAACUUUGGCGGAUACGUGUUUGCGAACGAGACGAAGCUGAUCUUCUCCCAGCGCUCGAUGACGAUUUUCGUGCAGACGGACAAACCGGUGUACAUGCAGGGUGAAACGGUACGCUUCCGGGCGAUCCCGAUCACGACUGAACUGAAAGGAUUCGACCAGGAGAUGAACGUUUAUAUGCUGGAUCCGGCGGGACAUAUUAUGCGCCGUUGGUUGUCACGCCAGUCGAACCUGGGUUCGGUAAGCUUGCAGUACCAACUAUCCGACCAGCCGGUAUUUGGCGAGUGGAAGAUCCGUAUUGAAGCACAGGGCCAGAUCGAGGAGGCACGCUUCAACGUGGAGGAGUACUACCAGACACGGUUCGAGGUGAACGUAACGAUGCCGGCCUUCUUCUUCAACACGGAUCGCUAUGUCUACGGACGCAUCAUGGCUAACUUCACGAACGGUACUCCGGUGAAAGGUAAUCUGACACUAAAGGCAACGAUCCGACCGAUCGGUUUCUUCAAUCCGGAAGCGAUCAAUCAGAUGAACCGUGUCGGCAACUUGGGACGAUUAACAAACACCAACCAGAAUGUGCCGUACUAUUUGCAAAAAUCGAACCCCGAGCUACUGUACAACAAUCCACAGAAUACCUUCACCAGUCAGAUUGGACGCGAUCAAAACAGCUACGAUGGUGUGGGACAGAACUACGAUGGGCGUUACUCGUCGUCAUCCAACAACUUCCAGGAUUCGUACGUGAUCGAGCGCCACCUUAACUUUGACGAGGAGUGGCCAUUCUGGAUCAAGAAACCGGUAGAAACCGACGCACAGUGGGACUCGUGGUCAAAUACAUACCGAGAAAGUUUACCCUUUUUGCGGUUCUUUAAUGGCACGUAUGAUUUUCGGUUCCCGAUGAGCGAACUGGCUCAGCUGGUACCAAAUCUGUCCGGUAUGGAGAUCCUGUUUACGGCACGCGUUGGCGAGCGAUUUUACAACGAGAUCGUGGAGGGCUAUUCACUGACACGCGUUUACAACUCGUCUAUUCGUAUCGCUUUCCUAGGCGAUUCUCCACAGGUAUUUAAACCAUCGAUGCCGUUUACUGUGUACCUCAUCGCGGAGUACCAUGAUGGAUCGCCAUUGCCACUGGAUGAGUUUAACGCCGGUCGAAUGGAGGUGUCCGGCACGAUCGAUAGCCGUGCUUCCGGUGGUCGCAACACCUUCGAUACGCGUGUACUUCAUAUGUCGCAGAAGGCAGGCGUGUGGGAGCUAAAGCUAGAUAUCCGCCAUGAUCUUAAUCUGGAAAACACGAAGCAGACGACCGAAUUCCUUAACGAAAUCCAAUCGAUGCGUCUGACGGCCAACUACAUCGAUCCGUUUGGUGAGCGGGCGUCAACUGAGCUACUACUACUGGCACACUUCUCGCCGAACAACCACAACAUUAAGGUGUACACUAGCACAGCCGAUGCUAAGGUGGGCGAGUACAUCACUCUGCACGUGCAGAGCAACUUCUACAUCAAGGACUUUGACUAUCUGGUCAUGUCGAAGGGCAUCAUUCUGGUGACUGGACACGAGAACAUGAAGGGCGGCGUUAAGACGAUGGCAAUUACGCUCAGCGCCGAGAUGGCACCUGCGGCUACGAUCGUCGUCUGGCACAUAGGACGCUACGGAAAGCUGCUGGCAGACAGUCUCACCUUCCCGGUGAAUGGUAUCUCGCGAAACAAUUUCACCGUGUUCAUUAACAACCGAAAGGCACGCACCGGUGAGAAGGUAGAGGUGGCCAUUUAUGGUGAACCCGGUUCGUACGUUGGUCUGUCUGGCAUAGACAAUGCGUUCUACACGAUGCAGGCCGGCAACGAGCUAACGUACGCAAACGUCAUCACGAAGAUGCUAUCGUUCGAUGAGCACACGAAUGGUACGCACAAGAAGACCUGGAUGUCGCACGACGGUGAUCCAGAUGAGCUCGUCUACUAUCCCGCUUCAUCGUUCGGUAUCGAUGCGAACCGGACAUUCGAUUUCGCCGGGUUAGUAGUAUUCACGGACGGUGUUAUACCAAUGCGACCAUCGAUCUGUGACCCGGCCCUUAACUACAGCGAAUGCUUGAACGGUCGUUGCUACCGAACGGACAAACGGUGCGAUGGUUACAUGGACUGUGAGGAUGGCACGGAUGAGGCGGGUUGUAGUGCACGAAACGAAACGUUACUGGCGGAGUUCCGCAAGUUCCGCUUUAACCGUAUCUUGCGCCACUACCAGAAUGUGUGGCUGUGGAAGGACGUGAACAUUGGACCACAUGGCCGAUACAUCUUCAAUCUGGAAGUGCCACAAGUACCGGCACUGUGGACAGUUUCCGCGUUCGGUAUAAGCGGUGUGCGUGGCUACGGAAUGGUGCGGAAACCGAUCGAAUACGUUGGCAUACAACCGUUCUUCAUUAACGUGGAAAUGCCUACCGUCUGUCAUCAGGGCGAACAAGUGGGUAUUCGUGUGGCGGUGUUCAACUACCAGACGGUGGAUAUCGAGGCGACGGUCGUGCUUCACAGCUCACCGGACUAUCAGUUCGUGCACGUAGAAGAGGACGGUAUCGUACGAUCGUACAACCCGCGCACCUCUUACGGUGAGCAUCAGUUUUACAUCUACCUGAACGCACAGGACUCAACCAACGUUUACCUACCGAUUGUGCCAACUCGCCUCGGUGAAAUCGAAGUAACGAUCCACGCAUCAACGCUUCUCGGUGCACAUCAGAUCAGUCGCAAGAUCACGGUUGAAGCGGACGGUUUGCCACAGUACCGGCAUCAGUCCAUCCUGCUGGAUUUGCGUAACCGUGCCUAUCUGGUACAGUUCAUGCACGUGAACGUUACCGAAACGCCCAUCAUUCCGUACGAAAUCGAUCGUUACUAUGUGUUCGGUUCGAAUCGGGCUCGCAUCUCCGUUGUGGGUGAUGUAGUCGGUGCCAUCUUUCCCACGAUGCCAAUCAACACUACCUCCCUGCUGGAUCUGCCGAUGGAUGCGGCCGAACAGAACAUGUUCAGCUUCGCGGCCAACUUCUACACCAUCAAGUACAUGCGUGCCAGUACGCUGCGUGACAAAAAGACUGAGCGGCAGGCAUUCCACUUCAUGAACACCCUGUACCAACGGCAGCUUAGCUACCUGUUGGAGGACGGCGGUUUUUCGUUGUUCCGUGCCGACUGGAAUCAAUCCGCACCGUCCGUCUGGUUGACGGCGUACUGUGCGCAGGUAUUCGGCGAGAUGGCCGGUCUGUACGAGUACGAAAACUUCAUCUUCAUCGAUCCGUACAUGAUACAGAAGAAUAUGCACUGGUUGCUGCGUCACCAAAAGGAGGACGGUUCCUUCUGGGAGGAAACAUGGCUGCCCGACCGUAAGGCGAACCAUUCCGGCUUUUUCUUGCGCAACGAUGUCGUACGCGAGAAGAACAUUACGCUAACGGCACACGUGCUCAUUACGCUAACGACGGUUAAUUUACCUGCUGGCAGAUUAGCGGCACGGGUAGCUUUAGCACAGCAAAGAGCGUUACAAUAUUUACAGCGAAAUUUGGCCACUAUAAAGGAUUCCGGUUCGACGUACGAGGUAGCGAUCGUAGCGUAUGCGCUUAUGGUGGCAAAGGCACCGAAAGCGGAAGCAGCAUUCACGAUGCUCUCCGCGAAGAUGCGAUCAAUCGGUGAAUUUAACUACUGGGGUAAUGACGAGGUACCGCUACCGCCGACCAAAUUGGAAAACCAGCGUUACUUCUCUUUACCACGUUUGCCAUAUAAGUACGACUCGCUUAACAUCCAAACGACCGCCUAUGCUUUGCUGACGUACGUAUCGCGCCAGGAGCUGCAUGUCGAUCCGAUCGUAGCUUGGCUUAACGCCCAGCGCUUAACGGACGGUGGAUGGGCAUCGAGUCAGGAUACCGGACUUGCAAUGAAAGCCUUAACGGAGUACAGUACUCGUAAUCGAGUUUCGAACGUAACACAGCUAGCGAUCAAGGUGGAGGCAACAUCCCUGCCCGGCGAAACGAAACAAUUGUACAUCACAAGGAAAAGUUUGGCACAGCAGCAGUUUUUGGAUGUACCAAAUGCUUGGGGUACAGUACGAGUGGAAGCAACCGGUGUCGGUUAUGCCAUCUUACAGAUGCACGUCCAGUACUCGGUAGAUACGUACAAGUUCCAAACGCAACCACCCGUCCCGGCAUUCGAUCUGACCACACGUACGAUCUUCCACGGCAGGAAUCAGUCUCACAUCAGCUAUGUCAUCUGUCAACGAUGGACCUAUACGGAAGAAUCGAUCCGUUCGGGUAUGGCGGUGCUUGAUGUGGCCGUUCCCACCGGUUACAUGAUUCAGCAGCAGAAGCUGGAUUCUUACAUUCUUAGUCAGCGCGUUCGCAAUCUACAGCGCGCUCGCUUCCAGGAACGGAAGGUGCUCUUCUAUUUCGAUUAUCUGGACAACGAGUACGUUUGUGUGAACUUUACGCUGGAAAGAUGGAUGCCGGUAGCCAACAUGUCCCGCUACUUACCGAUCCGUGUCUAUGAUUACUACGCACCAGAACGGUUCAAUGAGACUAUCUUCGAUUCGCUGCAAACAUAUCUGCUCAACAUCUGUGAGGUGUGCGGUAGCUCCCAGUGUCCGUACUGUUCGAUCUACAAUCUUGCCGUCCGUUUCCCGGGUUCGAUCAUUCUGAUGCUAUUCACCGGAAUAUUGCUCGUUGCGCGCCACUAUCGAAUAGUGAAUCCAAACGGGUGGAUUUUCCUGAACGAUUAAUCCACAAACCAUUAAAUCCAUUAUUUCCUUUUUUUGUGUAACAGGUUUUGAUAACCGACCGAAUUACUUUUAUGAAAAUGUAAGCACGACAUUCGAAUCGUUUUCACCCAUUUUUUUUUCAACAGAAUGGAGGCAAUAUAAUUUAUAAGCAAGCGGAAGAGAUAGAAAUUGAUUGCAGGUGAUGGUAUGUGAGGCGCUGAACGAAAGAAUGCGUAAAAGUGUAAAUAUAAAACCAACUUGCUUCAGCGUAUUGUAGUGUUCCCUCUGAAGAUGAUUCACCAAUAAUAACUAAACUAAUAGCGAAAGGAAAUACGCAAAAGGAGAAGUAUUGAUCAACUUCUCUUGGAUCCUUAUAUCAACAUUGUUGCGUCCGUUUUUUUUCUUUCUAGUUGUAGCAAACUUUUCUAAGGUAUCGAUAAGGCUUUAACUCUUAACCACCAUCACGUGCGCGCCAUGCAACAAAUGUGAAGCUCUUGAGUGAGAGAAUUGAAGGCGAAACUGUUUUAUCGGCUGCCUCAUGAAGGACAUUUUUUUUAGAGAAGCAUAAGAAAUGUGUAGAAUGCCGUUUUUGUAUUUCUUUUUAUCCCUUCUGGAAUGCAAACGAAAUAAGCAAUUUACAACAAAGACUAGAACGUAAGCGCCCUGUGUAAAGAAACGAAGCGAAGAAGCUAAGUAAAUGAAUAUCAAACACAUGCAAUUAGCUUCCUUCUUACGCUUUAGAAUCAAUCUUAUUUGCCUUGAAUCUCGUUUCGUUUUACAGCAACAUAAAUUUAAGAUACACAACUUAAGAAAAAAGAAGUGGGAAUAGGAUAAGGGUGAAGCCGAACGAAUUGUUUCAUCUGGCUUUGUUCUUUUCCGUCUCCCGUUUCUUCGAAGCAAGGCCGUCCAUUUUGAAUCUGGUCAAUUUUUAUAUCAUUUCGCGGUGUUCUUUUUUAAUUUACUUACUUUAGGUUUUUUUUUCUUUGUACGAACUUUUAUAUUUACAUGCGUUACGUUAUAUAGCGAGAAAGCUAAGGAAAUCAUAGAAAGAUGAUUUGUUUGUGCUAGUAAAAGAAUUUUGUUAUUAAAAGAAAUGCAAAGAAGGUUGAAUUAUUCAUUGAGCAGCUGUGCUUGAAAGAAGAAAUCGAAAGGCGGAAAUAGUGCUAGAGGGAAUAACCCAUUUUUUUCGAGAAACAGAAACUAAAUGAUACAAAUUGUUAAGGUGCCUUAGCUAGCGUCGCGUCGUCUUUACUUACACAACCAAUGGACCUCUCUCAGUAACUAAAUACAGCAAAAAUAAACACCUCCGGACACGUGCCCGCCUGAUUGCGACUAUCAAGAGUUUGUUGAACAGUUGGACAGCAGGAAUUACACAGUGUGAUACAAUAUAAUGUGAGCCAUUUUCUUACCACAGUUGAUGGGGUUUGGUGCAUAGAUGUAUGAAGGCCAAUAAUUUACACAAACCAACUAACCGAUGGAAAUGUAAUGUAUUACGACACCCGAACUAAGCUACAGACGAAGAGAGUAAGGAAAAUGUGUGAAUCUAGAUGAGGAAUAUUCCGCUGCCAUCGUUGGCAAAUGAUAAGAAUGAAACGGAUAAUAAAGAAAUAAGACGAAGAUCAUAAA